AUGGCCGACUUCAGAAACAUCGCUGAGCAGUUCGUUCAGUUCUACUACAACACCUUCGACAAUGCCCGGGGCAACCUCUCUGGUCUCUACCGUGAGCACUCUAUGCUCACCUUUGAGACCGAGUCGCUUCAGGGUGCUGGUCCCAUUGCCGAGAAGUUAAUUAGCCUUCCUUUCGCCAAGGUUGCUCACCAAGUUUCGACCCUUGACGCUCAGCCUUCCAACGAGCAGGGCGGUAUCUUGGUCAUGGUCACCGGUGCUCUUCUGAUCGACGAGGAGCAGCGCCCCAUGAACUACACCCAGACCUUCCAGCUCCAGCCUGACGGCAGCGGCAGCUACUUCGUCUUCAACGACAUCUUCCGCCUGGUCUACGGAUAA